UCUAAUUCUCUUACCAAAAGAAAACAAAAAAGUGCAAAACAAUGAAAUUAUUCUUUUUAGAUGGUGGUGAUACUUGGGCAGGCCCUAGCGUUAAGCAAUUAUUAAAUUAGACUCUAGAUCAAGUUAUCUAGGUUCCUAGCUUGACUUAAGAAUAUAUUGAUGGCUUUAUCAAGGAGAUAAGAUUACCAUCUAAAUCGAUGCAAGCGCCGAACUGCCACUCCCUCCCAUGAAUUCCUACACGUUGAUCGGUAGUAGGCCUACUACUUGUACCAGUGUGGUUAUGUUACUGAUGUCCUUACAGAUGACCAGUCUGGGGGCUGUCAAGUGUUAUGGGAAGACGAAUGACACAUUAACACGCAAGUGUGCGUUGUUCUGUACAGAGAACGACUGCCCUUCCUAUUGUAUCUGUGUCCAUGACAAAAGUGAAAACAAUGCAUGCUCCUAUCUGCCAGUGAUUCCUAAUAAUACUUUACAGGUGAAGGAAACGAUCACUGCAGGUACACCUAUUUUGUCUAUCAACUCAACUGGUUCGGACAAGUGGACACUAGCCUUACAGAGAUCUGGAGUAGUGGACGGUUCAAUCUGGAACGAACUCAGCUCCUAUUUCAAACUCUAUAAAUUCGGAAAUAUCUACGAGAUCAUUCUUGACCAGACGCCAGACUUGGAAGGAAUAUUCGAGCGCUUUGCCAUCAAACUGAAGCAGCUAACUGUAAUACUGACUUGUAAGAUAGCCUCAAACCCAGACCAGUCUCAUUCCGUCCAUCUUGAGAUUCUACCAGUCAAUGAGUUUGCACCGGAAUACAAGGAGGCGAUUUUAAAACAGAAUGUUUCGGAGAAUACUAAACUAGGCUCUGUGAUUCUAAUGUUAAUAAACCUGACUAUGGAUCGAGAUGUGAAUCCAGAUGGCAGAGAACUUGGGGACUUCGGCAUGACAGAUUACUUGUUUGACGCCAUGCGUGACGGCAAGGAGUACUUUGAAAUGAAGGAUUUCUCUCAGGGCAGCAUCGUAGUGAAGAAACUUUUAGACUUCGAAGCUUUGGUACCAAUGAAUGCCACACGAUUCUAUCUCAACGUGUCGGCAUCUGAUAUUCAUGGAGUGACCACCUACACGACACUGACUAUCAACAUAGUGGACGUGGACGAUCUGCCUCCUGAGUUUUACUACUCGGGAUGUCCAGUUGUGCUCGACAAAACAGCUCCAUGUCACGUGGCCUACGAGGCACUACUAUCACUGAACUAUAUCGGUCCAAUGACAGACAUCGUUCCCAGUUUGAUUCAUGCUAGAGACAUGGAUACUUUGAAUACUGAGCUGGAGUUUUCUUUGGAGUUGUCUGCAGGAGAAAAACUAGCUAAUUUACUUCACUUUACAAUAGAUCAAAGUCUGGGCGAUAUCAAGGUCACUGCUCCAUUCAUUCAGACAACUGAAGUGAACUUGGUCGUUGUGGCACGAGAAAAGAGUUUCUUGUCCAAAUCAAGUCGAGCAUCACUCCACGUGCUGGUGGAGGAUGCAAUGUUGGAGGUCUUGCCUUUGAAGAAUGCUGAAACGACCACCGCAAGCCUGGCCUACCUGUUUAAAGGUGGACAAUUCUAUGCAUUAAUAAUACACUUGGUCGGAGGCGUCAUCAUUGUACUACUAAUACUGCUGGUCAUCUACUUGUGCGUGAGAUUGAAGAAGCUUAGCUCUAGCACAAUUUAUCCUGGAGACUCUCCCGAGUCUGCAAUCAAACUACGGCAAGAGCCCAAUCAAUCAGUUAACAAUGAUUCUCUAGUUUCUCCUACAAAUACUUUUAAAACUGAUGACCACAUUUCAAAUUCAAAGAAAGACCAGCUUGAGCUUGAGACUUCGGGUCAAGACAAAACUCAGAGCUCCUCACAGGGAACAAUCGAUCUAGUGGACAAUAAGGCGAGGCGUCAAUCAAAAACAUUGAAGAAGCAUAGUCUAGAUCUAACACUGGAAGCAAACAAUCCUUUUUCACACAGAGAAGACACGAGUCUCGGAAAUGUGAACAAAUCCUGCUUCAACGGGAAUGAGAGUAGCACAGCAAUUAUCACAUAUUACUUUAACGGCAGACAAAGUGCCGAGUUCCAGUCGAGUCAAAGUCUGAUGGGUGCACAGUGCAUUGUGCCAAUGGAAGACAAAGAGCUCUGGGGAAGGCACAUCGUUUCCAGGCAGUUCAACGACACUCUCCUGGACAAGUUUCGCGUCAACAGCGCAAACAUUUUAGUGGACCAGGACGUGCGCAGUGUGGGCUCACUGAGGAGCUUCAGUCAGCACAUCAAACAAGAGCACGACAGCGGUAGAGAGGGUGACUCUUCCAGCAGUGAGUCCAGCACAUGCCUCUACAGCUCUUCUUCUACGACAUCCCCUGAGCCAGUCAAAUUUACCACCAAAGAACCAUGUUCUAAACCACGCCAUUCUGGCAAACGUGUAAAUAUCUGGAGAAACAAUUCAAAAACGUGUAAAGCCAAAACUGACAGCGACUCAGAGAGUUUGGCUAGUGAUAAAUGUAGCCCCUCAGAGACUAAGUCAGAGACAUCUUGCUCUGGCAAAGGCCAACCAACAAACAAUCAAUCUCGAGUUAACACUGAAAUAGAUCAACCAACCUUUUCCCAGUCACAAUAUCAACCAGAAGCUUUGACAGCCUCCCAGAAAAUGACAGAAAGUAAAAUUUUAUCAAUAAUGCCAUUGAACCAACAUUCUUUUAUUUUUAUGAGUGAUGAUUCAUGCUCUCAAAAACGAGAUUCAAAUUUGGCCACUGUUCAUCAGAAAUUACUUUCUUCUCAUCAAAAUGCAGAUUCGUCAAAUCAAAGAAAAAAUUCGACUCCUCAUAGACGUAAUUCACUCCAUCAUGAUUUAUCUCUAUCUCACCGCAAUCACGACUCACGAAUUAAAAGGCCGUUUUCCUCUUACCAAAGACCAAUAUUUAAUCGAAAAAGGCGAAACUCAUUCCACGUGAAGUCUAACUCGCCCGGACUAUUAAGUGGUAGUAAAGAACAAAGCUCAAUUCUAGGCACCAAUUUCAAGCAUGGAGCCAGUACUAUUUCUGAUCAGUUCCGGAAUUACCAGAAAGAAUUAAACACGUCUGUUGAACGAAUUCCCACUUUAUUAAAUGCAGACUUGCAAUCUCAACAAGAAGAUGGGCAUCAGAAGCACACAACUUUAAAUGCACAAUUUUUAAAAUCCGCACUUCGGACAAAUUCUCGGCCUCACACCUGUCCGAGCGAAACUCACGCAGCCGAAAACUUUCUGAUCACUUUGCCAAACAGACCAUGGACAAGUGAGGUGAGUGCAGCUAGGCCAAUGACAUCUCAUAAGAAAUCUUUUGUAGAUGUAAGCGUCACACGUUGUCAGCAAACUUCCCAAAAUGCCACAGUGACCCAAAAAGUUCAGGCUCCUGAACACAGUCCAGCCCCAAAGGAAGUCAACAAAGACCCACCUAAUAAAAGAACCAGCUCAGGUGUUUCCUUUCAUAAUGUUACUCGAAGGGAUAUCUCCAAUGCCCGACUUCCUCGUCGCCUUAACAGAGUGAAGAAGAAACGCCAAGAUAAGCAGCAGACCUCAGAGAGACGCAUCUCUCAAUUUCCUGUGAACCGCAACGAAAUUGGUGACUCGGCUAGUCGCCACCGUAGCGGAAAGGGAAUCAGGUAUUCGCACAUGUCUCCCCAGCAAAGACCAUUUCCAGCAGACCUAAAUCAACAGGAAGGGUGCUGGCCACCAGACUUGUCAGUCAAGCCUAGAGUGCGGCGUCUGCCAUCACUAGAGAAAAGACCAAUACCAGAAUUCCCUUGGCCGAAUCCUUUAAUCAUACAACCGCCAAAUGAACAGAGAAUGCCCACGUGUUCAUCACUAUAUGCAGACACUAAUGAACAUCUCCUGCCAUCAGAGCAAGUUGGGAGACACGAGAGCAAGACUUCACCCAAUGCACGCAUCAGUGUGACAGAGGGAGACAAUACACAGUAAAAUUGACUUAACCAGACAAUGUUAGUUGAAUACUUUCCCCUUAGGACCUGAGAUUGAUAUGCAUUAAGUCUUAACUUGAUAUUUUUUUAUUCUGUCUUAAAAAUUUCAAUAAAUAUUGAAAAUCACA